GUUAAUUGUUACCAAUAAUUUUUUGUUUCACCCAAUUUUUGAAUCUUAAUCAAGUAAAAUUGAAUCAUGAACUCUCAUGAUGACCAAUACUUUGACAGUAAUUAUCUUCAUCCUUAUUAUGAUUUUAAUCGUUCACCAACAAUUAACAAUAAUCGUAACCAAGAGUUAAAUACAUCACCUCAAACAACAAUUAACAACAAUAAUAAUUCAACUCUCAGAUCAGUGUUUCCAUUGAAACCUUCAAAUGUUUAUCAACUGUUUCUAAUUAUAACAAUUUGGUUAAUCAGUGUAACUUUGUUGAGUUUAUUAAUUUGGCAAAUUGUCCUUCCCCAGGUAACCCUAUCACCUAUCGUUGACACCGCCUCAGGCCGUGUUUUGGGCUCUAUCGAGAGUCGAGGUUCUAAUCGUCGAUUAGCGAUCUAUCAAGGUAUUCCUUAUGCUCGACCACCGAUUGGUUCCCGUCGAUUCACUCGACCUGAACCCGUUCUACCUUGGAAAGGUAUUUACAAGGCCACAACUAAGCCACCAUCUUGCUAUCAAUUUCUAUUUGAUUCCUCAUCACCAGUGACAAUAAACACUACGAGAAAAAGUUCAUUUCGAACAUUUUUCUCGAAAUUUUUUCCAACAUCAGCUCCAUUAUCAUCAUCAUCUAAUCUACUAAUCUCAUCAGCUGAUAAACUACAUCAAAGUGAAGAUUGUCUUUACAUUAACCUUUAUGUACCUCUAAAUGAAUCAGAGAAUAAUGAAAAAUCAAAAUCUGCACAUGAGACGAAAUCAAGUAAAAAAGUUAAUCAAAUUGAACCUAAAUCAGUACUUGUUUUCAUUCACGGCGGUGGUUUCGUAAGUGGAUCAAUUAAUCAUUACGAUCCAUCAAUGUUGGCUCUAGAGGGUAAUAUAAUUGUAGCCACGGUGAGCUAUCGAUUGGGUUUAUUUGGUUUCAUCUACUAUGAGAUAAAUGGGACACCCUCAAUAAAACAGGGUAACCUUGGUCUCUAUGAUCAAUCGUUGGCACUUCGAUGGAUCCAUGAAAAUAUAAAAAAUUUCGGCGGUGAUCCAGAUAAGGUUGUACUUUUCGGCGAUUUUGCUGGUUCUCAAUCAGUUGGAUUUCACCUCAUCUCCAACCAUUCACAGCCAUAUUUUACUCGAGCCAUUAUGCUAAAUGGUAGCCCGUUUAAUUUACCCUUGAUUAUGAGCCGUGAACGUGGUUUAAAUAAAACACUGGCUUUGAUCAAUGCAACAGGUUGUAAUGCUGAUGAUGAUGAUGAUGAUGAUGAUUACGAGGAGAAUAGUGAUAAUUUGGAUGAUAGUAAAUUGUCACAAUUAAAAGUUUCACCACCAGCAAUUACUUUAAAAGCAAUUGAUUGUCUAAAAGGAUUAAAAGCAUCCCAGUUAAUUGCAAUUGACCGUAAAUUGUCACGGUCAAUGUUUAUCAGCUAUUAUCCAGUUCCUGAUGAAUCAUUUUUCCCAAUUCAUCCGUUUGAGAUAAUUGAAUCAGGUGAUUAUGGUUCACAGAAACAAUUAAUGAUUGGUUAUAAUGGACACUAUGAUUCUUGGAUGAAAGAUUUGGGAUUAUCUGAUGUCAUUAUUAACAGUACCUCGGCCGCUGAUGAUGUUACAUCAAGAAUGUUACUCAAUCGUUUGUCCAAUUUUGGACCUAAAAGUAUUGGAAAACAUUAUUAUGAGAUAGUUACUCAAGUAAUUAUGGAAGGUCAUCAAUCAAUUUCACCUUUAACCCUCGCUGAAAGGAUAAAUUCACUUUCUCUUGACCUUGCGAUUAGAUGUCCAGCCUAUUUUCAGAUUACAAGUUUCAUUCAAAACGAGACUCGAUCUGUUUAUUAUUUUGAACUUCGAGCAUCAACUGGAUACGAAUUAUUGAAUAAAAUGUUCACCUCUCUAAGUAAUUAUAAUUACACAUCAUCGGCGACCUCAGAUAUUGGCCUUAUAUUUGGUUACCCGUUGAUGAACACGAAAAAAUCAACUCGAUGGAGUAACAAUUAUCAUUAUUACAGUCAAGAUGAUGUUACCUUUUCAAAAGAGAUGAUGAAUCUAUGGAUACAAUUCAUUAAACAUGGUAAACCAACACCAAAUGAUGUUUGGACACCAUGUACAAGUGAGGAUAAACUUUAUCGAUACAUAAUUAAAAGGAAAGGAACUAAAUUACGUUCUGGUUUUCCCGAUAAUCAAUGUGAUCAAUAUUUCAGAAUAUUGUAUGUUAUUGGUAAAUCAUUUGGUAAAUCAUAAUUAUCUAGAGUACAACAAUCAAAAAAGUUAUCAUAUUUAAUCACCUUACUAAUGAAUAAAAAGUAAACCAAAUAUUGAAUUGGAUAAUAAAUUGAAUCAAUGAUUAGCUUUACAUGUUUUUAACA